AAUACGGCAAAAAUGAAAUUCAAUCCCGAUGGGCAUCUCAGACUUUAUGAUGAUUAUUCCGCGUCGGUUGAUCUGUUGGGAGAUCUUUUAAGUGAAUGUGAUUAUCCAAUGUCUUGUGGUAAUUACGGCCUCUGUUCAAAUGGACAGUGUUCGUGCCCUGGAGGGUUUUUUCAAGAUAAUGCCCAGGGCAAUUUCAGUCUUUUCAGAUGCAAGGAGAUUAAUCCAACCACAUGUGAAAAUCCCGUAUCCCACUCACUUCUUCCCCUCGAAGGUGUCUAUUAUUUCACUAGAAAAGGUGGAAUUGUGAAUGAAACAAACAUGGAGAACUGUAAACAGACGUGCUUGAAAAACUGUUCAUGCAAAGUUGCUCUGUUUCAGUAUGAAGACAAUUCUUCAUAUGGGGAAUGUCUCUUGCCUUCACCAGUUCUUUCACUUAUAAAUGGAGGAAAAGACGACUAUUAUUUGAAGUCAUUUGCUUUUAUCAAAAUUUCAAAUGAUGAUGGGAGCGGAAGAGGUUCUGAUACAAAUUCAAAUCCUGGAGACCAUGGAAGACUUGUUGAUGGAAUUUUGACCACCGGAGAACAUGGAAAAGGAUCUCCGACAACAAAAAUUAUCGCAGGAUUAACCACAGCAACCUUUCUUCUGGUAGGUCUGAUUGCUGGCUUAUCUUGGAUGGUGUUUUUUAGGAAGAAAGCUGAUGGAGAUGAUGGAAUGGAAGAUUACUUAGAUCAACUAUCAGGAAUGCCUACGAGAUUCACUUAUGAAGAACUAAAAGCAGCAACUGCAGAUUUCCAGAAAAAGCUUGGAGCAGGAGGGUUUGGAUCAGUUUUUGAAGGAGACAUGGCCACAGGUGAGAAAAUUGCUGUGAAGCGCCUAGACUUUUUAGGCCAAGGGAAGAAGGAAUUCAUGGCAGAGGUCAAGACCAUAGGAAGCAUCCACCAUAACAACCUGGUGAGGCUAAUUGGCUUCUGUGCAGAAAAAUUGCAUAGGCUCUUGGUGUAUGAGUUCAUGUGUAAUGGGUCACUGGACAAAUGGAUUUUUCAUAAAGAGCCCAAGAGACCUCCUCUAGAUUGGCAAACAAGAAGGACCAUUGUUCUAGACAUAGCAAAAGGGCUGGCCUAUCUCCAUGAAGAUUGCAGACAGAGAAUAGUUCAUUUGGAUAUUAAACCCCAAAACAUACUACUGGAUGCUGGCCUUCAUGCAAAGAUAUCCGAUUUUGGCUUGUCUAAGUUGAUUGAUAGGGAUCAAAGCCAUGUAGUGACCACAAUGAGAGGAACUCCUGGGUAUUUGGCUCCUGAGUGGUUCAGCUCAGUAAUCACGGAGAAGGCAGAUGUUUAUAGCUUUGGCAUUGUAGUCAUGGAAGUAAUAUGUGGUAGGAAAAAUUUAGAUAGGUCACAGACUGAGGAAUUCAAGCAUUUACUUCCAAUUUUCAUGAAAAAAGCUGAGGAGGAUCAAUUGGAGGAUAUGGUUGACGGAAGUGAGGAUAUGCAAUUGCACAAGUCAGAAGCUGUGGAGAUGAUGAGGGUUGCAAUUUGGUGUCUGCAUAGUGAUUACACAAGGAGGCCUUCCAUGUCAGUUGUGGUUAAAGUCUUAGAAGGCACUGUGGAUGUGGAAGCUGACCUAGACUACGCCAUCCAUAAUCCAAUAGCAAUGGCAGCAAUAAGAAGAGAGGUAGAGUUGGGAACAACAACUCCAGUAUUGCCAUCUUUUCUAUCAGGACCAAGGUGAAGAAUGAUGAUUUUGUAAGAAAUCAGGGUUUUUCUAUUUCUUAUUACUUUUUUUUCUUUCCUGUUGUUGUGCUUUAUAUGUUCCUUUAAUCUCUGUACUGCUUAUAUUUUUCUGUCCAUUGAUUACAUUUGGACAAUAUGGCAUUUGGGUUCAUCACAUUUAUAACUUUUAAUAA